AUAAAGAAAACGUGGAAGAUAAAAAGAAAACACAUAAGCGGACACGAGGCAUAGUGCGAUUGAUGAAGAUCAUAGCAGAUAAAAUUAAAGGAAUCAAAUGCCAUUUGAGGUUCAAUAGAAGGGGGCAAUCGAUCGGGACCCCAAACAGAGAGCUUCAAUGUUAUUUAGGAAUGCAAGCCAAAAGUACGGUGCCAAUUAACAUUGACAAUUGGCACGAAGUUCCUAAAUCUAUAUUGGACAGCUUAUGGAAGGAUGUCAAUCUAGCUUUCCACCUAGAUGAGAAUAUGCGAAAAAAUAUUAUUGGCUCAGUGGGUAAUAAGUGGAGACAAUUCAAAUGUAAUUUGAACAAGAAGUUUAUAGUCCCUUACCUUAAUGACCCAUCUCUUUUGGAAGCAAACCCUCGUGGUCUCGAUAAACCUCCACCAAGCUAUCAUAUAGAAGAAACACAUUGGAAAUAAUUUGUCAAGAGAAGGACAUCGAAAGAGUUUCAAGAUUUUAGAAAAUUACAACAAGAAAGGCGUAAUCAUUUACAAUA